CAUAUCGGUACUUUUCAAAAGUCUACCUUCGUCGGCGAGAUUUUCUAGCUAAUCUGCCAAUAUCCUACUUAGCAUUCGCAGUGAAUCUCACACCAACUAUGCAAAAUGCACUAUUUUGCUAUCUGAGGACCCCACAGCUUUUUCGUAUAACCUAUUUAUUUACCUACCGUCAGCAUAGAAAAAUAAAUAUUGGGACUGCUAAUCUGUUACUUAAGUUGACAACAAUUGCAAUAUGGGCCUCGAUAUUAUCGCAUGUAAACGCGUGUUUGUUUUUCAAAUUGUCUUGCCUCACACCUGUGCAUUGUACGUCAGCCAACUGGAUGUCGAAGCCUGAGCUAAAUCUACGCGCUAAAUAUGCUGAGAAAAGCUAUUUCCCUCUUUACGUCGCAUCACUGUGGUACAUAAUAAAUUUGCUUACAAUCACGGGUACGGGUGAUGUGUCGUCACAAAAUGAUUUCGAAGUUAUCGAAACUGUUUUCAUCACUAUAGUUAUUAAAUUUUGCACAGGGCUCCUUAUAUCAGAAACGUCGGCACUUAUUACGGCGCACUCCUCAUCGCGGAUCGCAUAUGAUGAAGGCAUAAAUGAACUGAGAGAUGGUUUAAGAGAUACGGAAUUGAGUAACCACCAGAUGAAUAAGAUGUGGGACUAUGUCCGAGAAUUGUGGAGUAGGCAACAGGGCAGACAGAUGCCAAAAUUAGUGACGAAACUACCAUUUCGUCUGCGUUGUCAAAUAAUGCAAGCGGUCUAUGGCAGCCACAUUAGAGAGUCUGUGAUAUUCAGUAAAACGGACGACGACUUCAAACGAAUGUUAUGUAUGUGGCUGAGGCAUUGUGUGUUUUUCCCCGGGAACUACAUUGUGCAAUGUGGCGAUGCCGAUCAAUGCAUCUACUUCAUCCAUAGGGGAGAGGUAGAAGUAUUGACGGUACAUCCCAAUUUGACGGAAUCAAUAUAUGACAUAUUAGGACCAGAAGAUAGUUUUGGCGUCGCACAGGGUCUAUUUGUUGGAGUUGCACACCAUUUCUCAUUUAGAGCGCGCACAGUAGUAGACAUCGUGUAUUUAAAGUUAGAGGAAUGGAAGUAUCUUCUAGACUUCUACCCAAAGUCGGCGAAAUUAGUACAACGGAAAGUAGAAAAUGUUUAUUUAGCAAUUUAA